AUGGUUCGGUUCUUGCACCGCUCCGAGGUCAUAAUCUCACGUCCUAUAAAUAGCAGACUUAGCGCCAAAAUUCAAUUCAAUUUCCGAGUCCGUUACCACCUUAUUCAGAAAAUGCGAACUCGCUUUCUCAACAACGACUACUUUGCUCUCCCUCCACCACAAACAAUUCCCUUCCUCCACCUCCCCGUCCCUCGCCUCCCUACGCCGCCGCCCUCUGCCGUCCACCACAACCUCCAUUUCGACCCUCCGCUCCAUCUCUCCCUCCACCUCGACCCCUUCCCCGUCCAUGCUGCGCUAUCUGCCUUCCUCCCCGCCGUCCUCCCACACCGAAUCCGCAUCCACUCGCGAGAUCUCACCAUUUCGAACCCCGCGGUAAACUUCGAGAAUCGUAAUCGCAUAGUGAAUUUUGAGUUUGCGUUUGUCUCUGCUCGUCAAAUUCAAGAGGCGGAGGUUAUCUUCGAAGAUCGUGUCUCCGAAGCUGAUAUCAAAUUGUCGAAUGAGUGUAAAGGUACUGUGCUCGGUGAUAAGAACGAUUCUGUUUAUGAGACGAUUCAAUUUGAAAGACCUGAGCUUGACGCAUUCUUGGAAAAUAUAUGCGUCACUGAGUCGGAGAGGAUGCAAAUGCUGUCUCAAACUCCAGAGGUUGAAAAUAGCCUGGAAAUGCUCAAGAAGCCUGAACCAUCAAGGCAGUACCCUUACGAGGCUCUGGAAUCAGUUUCUUUGGUUGAAGAUGUAAUUUCGGAGUACCUGAUGGGCGAAAAUGCAUAUUCUCUAGAAGAUCAUUUUUCCGUUCAAAAACUGCCACGCUCUGAGCAAAACAAAUUUCUUAUUCUGGAAGUGGAUGAGGGAAGUUUGGAAAUUCCCACAGUCAUAUCUUUGGUGGAAGUAGUUGACUCGUAUUUUGAAAACAUCAGAUCUCAAAACUUUAAUGAACAAUGCCAAUCCGUAGCAGAGGGCCAGGAACUUUUGGGUUCUGUGAAGCAUAACAUGAUGGAAUUUUUCUCAGAUGAGUGUGUAUCAAAGAAGAGCCUGGAGUUAUCAGAUAUGUUUCCUGAAAGCGAUUUUAUAAAUAUGGUUGAAACUGAACAUGUUAAUGGGAAUACUGGCCUGCAGAGGACAUCACAUACUAAUAGUGACUUGUUAGAGAAUUUUGUUACCUUCCAGGAUUCCGAGUUCCUUGAUGAAGACUUAAUGCAAACCUUUGAAGAUUUCUAUAACACAAAAGCUUCGGAUGAUCUGGUGACAAAUGACUGGAUGUUUAAGAAAGAGUUUAACUUCAAGAGUUUUGAUGAAUUGAUAGUCAGUAACGAGAUAGCACUAACUGAUGACACGUUCAAAUCACUGCCUGUACCUGUUAUCUCUGAUCACAAAAAGAUGAUAACUCUACAUGACACUAUUGGAGAACAAUUUUCCAGCUUGAAGAUCCGACCCCUCUCUGCAUCUGAUGGAAUUUACUUAAACUGGGAUCUACUUGAAGAAGAUAAGUGCAAUUGCAAGAUUUCAAACUGGUAUCAGAAAACAUUAGCCAAGAUAGACCUGAAAAACAAAGAUUUUGGAGACAAAUCUUUUGAUGAUGGAAAUUUGGUAUUUGGUUUAGUUUUCUGUGAUGAUGCCAUAGGUGAAUGUGACAUUAAACUAGAUGAAGAGUUGCAGAAGCUGCUUUCUGAUUGCAUGCCUCUCCCUGACAAUCAUCCUGUAGAAUUUGCUUCGGGCAAAAUAUUAGGACAUCUAUCUCCUAAACAAGAAAGUGGAGAACAAUUACCCGAAAGAACGGCUGAGAGGGCUUCAUUGUUAUUUAAAUCUCGGUCAGAAAUCAGCAAUCUUGAUUAUUUCUUGAACCCUCAAAAAGUGACUGGUAAGGGGAAUUAUAAUUAUUCAGUCGAGUCCACUAAUGCUAAUGUUAGUAUUCAAAAAGUUUCAUCAACUGAAUUGAAGGUUGAUACGCAGUCGCUAGGGUCCCAUACUGUUCUGCAUAGAGUUAAGUUGUCCGAUAAUAUUGUGGCCCUGGCUGGAUAUUUUGAAAAAAGCUAUCUAGCCAUUUUGCACAGAGAUACUGAAAUGACAAAAGCAUAUAAAUCAGAUGUAGAUUAUUUAAAAUUGCUAAGUCUUCAAAGGCACAAGCUGAUCGAAUACCAUGUAAAUGGAAACAAUAUGACAUUUAUUGUGUUAUGUGCUAUUAAACAGGCUGCUUGGUACUUGUGUUUCUAUGGUCUCCAUCCAGCAUUCAUGUAUUUAGACAAAUUAUGUCAAAACUUGGACUAUUUGAAAUCAAGGUUAGGCUUCCUCCAAUCUUUGAUCGAAGAUGAAAAAAGAAAGGUGGAAAACAAUGUUACUAUGGCACAUCCGUCAUUAACAAUUGUGAAGGAGAUUUUCCAGUCGUACAUCAAACGGGAUAGUUUGAAAACUUUGGUUGUGGCUGAAGAAGUAUUCUGGUCUUCAUUGAAAAAUCUUCUCCUUUCCCUGGGGUUAUCAUUCAGUGAACAAAAUGGUUCUAAUAGAAAUCAUCCAUGUGCAACUACUGGGCCUGAGGACACAGAUACUAAAAUGAAAGAACUUCUGAUUUCUGACUGCUUGUUGGUUUCACACAAGCAUAUCUCUCCAUUGUUUCCACUCAACAAAUUUGACAUUAUCUUGGAAUAUGGAGGUUCAUACUGCUCAUCUAGGAUAUCUGAGAUUUCCAAAAACUUGGUUGGAUUGCCUCAUAUUCACUUUUUGACUGUUGAAUUUGAUGGUCAUGCCGCUCUCAAAGCACUCUGCGAAGGUGUUGAAAAGCAGCCAAACACUGAAAUGUUAAUGGAAAGUGAGAGUCAUCCUAUUUUCAGUCAUAAGAAAAAUAUGAUGAAUCAGGACGUGGAGAGACUACUGAACUUUUGUCCUGUGGAGAAAUGCUAUGAUAAAAUAUCUUCAAAGGUUGUACCUGAGGAAGACAAUAUUGUGCCACUAAUUCCUGCUGUGAAAACUGAGCAUGGUCAUAAGAACAUGGAGGCUCUUCCCGGAACAGUUAUCAUUGUAAAUACUCAAAAUGUAGAUAAGGAAAUGAUAAUGUCUAGAAGAAGCUCUUACCAAGUAAUUCUGGCAAUGGAGAAAGAAGGAAUUCAAGUCGUUGAACGUGAUUUAAAUUUGCCCGCGGAUAUUAUAUUAAGUUCUGCUAUUUGCUUGGCAUGGUAUGAUAGUGAAAACCUUGGGAAGAAAGCAACACCAACAACGGAAGCAUCCUCAAGCUUGCCUUUAUGUAUUGAGAACAUUGCCACAGAUGUUCUGACAUUGUUUAGUUUUUACUUCCAUGGUUGCUUUCUGGAGUUGUUUGAAAAGCCUUUUGAGGGAAAGUAUGUCAAUCUCAGAACUCGGGUCUUUGAAGGAGAAUUUAAUUUUCUUUCAACUGUAAUGGAAUCUUCUGAUGGACUUUAUGCUGCAGCAACAAGCCUGGGAAUUGAUUUGCAGAUAUUCUUCUCUUCCUCACCUGAGUUGACAAAUGAAGUUAUUGUAAGCUGCAUUAAGACUGCUACCAAUAUGACAAGGGGUCUGUAUCCUAAAAUGCCUGACUCGGUAACUCUUGCUGAGUCUUUUCUCACGGAAUUUCCUGGAAUAAAUCCUUUAACGGCACACUCUAUACUAUCUUCAGGGGUCAUGCUUAAUGAGUUUCUUGGGUGGUCACAUGAGCAAAGGAUGCAUGUUUUACAAAAGUAUCACGUUCCAGAAGAAAGUAUUUCUCUUUUCAGUGUUUUCUGCAGAUAUGGGGAACGGGAGGAUUCAAAAUCCAUAAUGACAGAUUGCUCCUCGUCGGUAUCUUCUAGUCUAGACUCAGAUAGGUGUUGUUUAUAUCAAGUUCAAAAUGAAAGAAAACGAAAACAUCCUAUAAGUAGUCAUCAGAUAGAUGAACUGUGUUUUGAUGAGUUGAUGCAAUUCGAGGCUGUUCCGGAUUCCUCUACCUUGCCAACACCUUUUGAUUUUGGUGUGUCAAAAAAUGCUGGGAGAUCCAGUGAUUUCGCAAGGACAAGUUUAUCCAUGAGUGAGUUUUUUGGUCAAAAGCAGAAUAACAGCGCGGCUACAAUGCGAAACCUUUCCGGAGUCUCCUAUUCACCAGGGAACUGCAAAGCUCCGCAAAAAUCAGAGCAACUGAGACAACCCGGCUUAUCUUUGAAAAAUAAAGAGUUGGCUAAAAAUGAAAUACUGAACUCUGAUUUGAUGGGAAAAAGUGUGAAUUGGCAUAGCCCAAGUCCGAAGCUGCAUGAAGAUAUUAGAGGUGAGGUGUUGGACUUGACAAAUAGUCCCUUAUUUGAUAAAAGCUUUGCCAUUCCUGAUUCCAUGUACUUCACAAAUUUGAUGACGGAGACAGAUAAAGAUUACAUGAGAAACAAUAAAAUUGCAAGGAAAUUGUCAUUUGAUAAACGUAGUCACCCAGAAACCAACUCAUCGAAAGUACGGAGAUCCUUAAAAGAUACACAAGGAGAAGUUGACGAAUUCCCCGAACCAGAUUUUGGAGAAAAUGUAUUUCCUCUUGAUUUCAAGCCUCAUGAAAACAUUGAUUUAACUCAGGCAUUGAUGAGAAAUUUAGAAGAAUCACCAUUCAAGGAAGAAAUGUCACAUUUGAGUGAAACUCCUCUCUCAUUUGCCCGCCGAUCAGCUUGUGUAUUAAAGAAUUCACCCUGGACAACCGAAUUUAUCAAUAAAGUAAAAGAAAAGAGCAAAUUGCGUCAAAAAUCAUUAUCGUGUGAAGAUUCUGCCCCUAAUUUUGGGUAUCCUGGGAGCAAAUCCAAAGCUUUCAAGAGAAGAAGUCCUUCUGUAAUUGAUCUUUUUAAGUACCAACCUAACAGAAUAUCUGGAAAUAUUCUGGAGCAGAAAAGACAGAAGCAAUCAGGGCUAUCUUCAAACUCGACCAAGAAAGGAAGAUAUUCCACUUCCUCAUCCACAUGGACUCCUAAAGAUAAGCGAUCAACAAAGGUCAAUGAUCUUCCAUCAUUGAAUGCACUAAACGUGUCUUGUUUUGAAAGUAGAGAAUCCGAGCUUGCAACAAAAGACUAUGAUAAUGACUGA